AUGUUUACAGUCAAGCUUGCGAAGCUAAAACGUGAGGAAAGACUUGAGACAAAAGACGAUGAAGGUGAUGUAAGUGAGAGAGACUCCGCGAAUGACAUCAUGGACGAGGACUCAAGUAGGAGAAACAACGUGUCAGGAGAAACCAACACCGAGGACAAUGUCUCAAGAGUGACCACCUUCGAGGAGCUGAUGGUGCUGGUGGGAUCGGGUGGCCGCUGGAACUUGACCCUCUUCACCUUGUGUGCUUUGUCUGGAUUUGUUACUCCUUGGAGUGCUAUGACAUACCAGUUUCUGGGCAUAACUCCUGACUACUGGUGUCAUGUGGCGCCUCUGGUGGCGGCCAACUGGACUACCCAGCAGAUACUCGCCCUCGCCAUACCUAAGAACAAUGAUACAGGGCAAGUGAACGGAUGUUUCAUGCGGAACUACAACUAUACAGCAGCAGUGGAGCUGGGCUUUGACAAGAGCCUGGCCAACGAGUCAGCCAUUGCUCUGCCCAACGCUGACAUUCUCUCAUGCACCUCACACCAGUUUAAUUUAUCCCAGUAUGAUUCUACCACUGUCACAGAGUGGGACCUGGUGUGUGAUCGACGACCUCUCUACUCUACCACUCAAGCAGCGAGCCAACUUGGCACCCUUUUUGGCAGUAUCAUCUAUGGUUAUAUGCUUGAUAUGAUCGGUCGAAGGAAAAGUGUGCUUACCAGUGCUGUCAUCUCCUUAAUUGUAAGCUUCAUCACCGUGGCUUCGCCGAAUGUGGAGACGUACAUCUUUAUGAGAGCACUAUUACAGGUUGUUGAUUUUGGCUGCUACACGGGUUGCCUGCUUGUCA